CUCUUUCCCUUUCUUUACCAUUAUUCCAGCAUUUUCUGAUUUUCUUUUGUCUUUUAACAGUUCCUCAGGUGCUGCAUAUAAUCACUUCCAGGUCGGCCACAAAUCAUUGCAGAAAAUCAAAGUAACAUAAAAAAUGGGACCUGAAUCACACAAGUGUUUGUUGUUCUUCAUAAUUGGUGCUUGUUUAGUGGCAGGUGGUUUAGGCCUCGGCGUGAACUGGGGUACGAUUUCGACACACCCUUUACCCCCGAAAAUAGUAGUGAAGCUGCUCAAGGACAACGGGUUCAACAAAGUUAAGCUCUUUGAAGCUGAUCAUGGCGCGCUUACUGCCCUUGGGAAUUCUGGUAUUGAAGUUAUGGUUGGAAUUCCUAAUGAUUUGUUAGCAACACUUGCUGGUAGUGUUCAGGCUGCUGUCAACUGGGUGAAUCAGAAUGUCUCUGGUUUUGUCUCCAGAAACGGGGUCGACAUAAGAUAUGUUGCUGUUGGAAAUGAGCCGUUUCUAAAAGACUACGGAGACAGAUUCACACACACUACAUUCCCAGCACUGCAGAACAUUCAAGCUGCUCUUAUCAAAGCCGGUAUAGCACACAAAGUGAAGGCCACUGUCCCAUUAAACGCCGAUGUCUACCAAUCAGACACAACUCUUCCAUCAGGGGGUAAUUUUCGAGCUGAUAUACACGACCUUAUGAUAUCAAUUGUCAAGUUCCUCAACAACAAUGCUGCCCCUUUAAUGGUUAACAUAUACCCGUUUCUAAGCCUCAAUAGUGACCCUAAUUUCCCAAUAGACUUUGCCUUCUUUGAGGGUGCAUCCAACCCUAUUGUUGAUGGUACCCUUACUUACAAUAAUGUCUUUGAAGCCAACUAUGAUACCCUUAUAUCAGCCCUAGAAAAGAACGGUUUCCCUAAUUUACCCGUUAUUAUAGGGGAAGUAGGGUGGCCUACUGAUGGUGCUGCUAAUGCUAACUUGAAGAAUGCAAGGAAGUUCAACCAAGGACUCAUAAACAGGAUCCUACAAGGUAAGGGCACUCCUAAACGGCGUACACCACCAGAUGUGUACAUAUUUUCUCUCAUUGACGAAGACUCAAAGAGUGUCGCCCCAGGAAACUUCGAGAGGCAUUGGGGGAUGUUCUACUAUGAUGGCGGUGUAAAGUAUCAGUUGAAUAUGGGGCGAGGUAAAAGCCUCGUCCCUGCGAAAAGGGUCAAGUAUUUGGCUAAAAAGUGGUGUGUUAUGUCACCUCAAGCAAGUCCUUCUAACACUUCAAGUGUUGCAGACAGUAUUGGCUAUGCCUGCCAAUUUGCUGACUGCACUUCACUUGGUUAUGGAUCUUCCUGUGGUAACUUGGAUGCUCGUAGUAACGCGUCUUAUGCGUUUAACAUGUAUUAUCAGACGAAGAACCAGAGCGCCGGAGCAUGUAAUUUUAACAAUAUGGCAACCAUUACUACAACUGAUCCUUCACAGAAUGGUUGUAGAUUCGAGAUUAUGAUCGACAUUUCGAAGACUCCGAAGAAUGGGAGCCCUCCUUCUUCUUCAUCGCCACCCAUGAGUUUGCAAAAGAUGGUUGGUAUAAUCUUGAUUUUUGUGGCAGGUACCAUCAGUUUUGCUCCCUGAGUUUGGUGUUGUGAACAAAGAACUUGAGGGUUUGCAUUAUUUUGUAUAUUGUUUGAAAAUAUAUAUUUUAUGGUGUAUAUAUAUUGAUUCUUAAAGCUCAUACUCACUCCGUCUCUUUA